AUGUCGUCGUCGUCGUCGAGAACCAAUCUGGUGCCAUUCUUUUUGUUGAAUUUGGAAGGAGGAAAAACAAAAGUUUUGUUCACGGUGCCCUCCAAUUUGGCCUUGACAUUGAUUCGACACCCCGUCUUGUGCCGUGGUGCAGCUUUUGACUUGAAACUCGAUGAGGGUUACGAUCAACAAGAACCUGAUCAUCCGGGAGAACCAUCAUCCACAACCUGCUUCUUAUUCACUAUAUUCGAAAGCCCUCAUCCAGAGGCUACUGCUGGAGCUAUUUCGGAACGACUGGCAUCUCGGGUGACAGAUUCUUGUGAGAAUCCAUUAUCCACAGUCUUUGGAUUCUAA